AGGACUUCCGGGUAGUGCUGGCUCCCCACCCACGACAGCCUUCCCUCUUGAUUUCUGGGUAUUGUAGUCCAUCUUGUUUCAGUUUCCCUGGUAUGAGCUGCCCCUAGUUACUGCUACCUUCGCCACAAAAAACUACAAAACCCAGAAUAUUGCGCAAGUUUCCCUCGUCCAAUAGGAACGCCCCAUGUAGCUAGGCGCGGAGGCCGGCUCUAGCAACUCAAGAUGGCGGACGACAGUGAGACAGCAGUGAAGCCGCCGGCACCUCCGCUGCCGCAGAUGAUGGAAGGGAACGGAAACGGCCACGAACACUGCAGCGAUUGCGAGAACGAGGAGGACAACAGCUACAACCGGGGUGGUUUCAGCCCAGCCAACGACACUGGAGCCAAAAAGAAGAAAAAGAAACAAAAAAAGAAGAAAGAGAAAGGCAAUGAGACAGACUCAGCCCAGGAUCAGCCUGUGAAGAUGAACUCUUUGCCAGCAGAGAGGAUCCAGGAAAUACAAAAGGCCAUUGAGCUUUUUUCAGUGGGUCAAGGACCUGCAAAAACCAUGGAGGAGGCUAGCAAGCGAAGCUACCAGUUCUGGGACACGCAGCCCGUCCCCAAACUGGGAGAAGUUGUGAACACACACGGUCCCGUGGAGCCUGACAAAGACAACAUCCGCCAGGAGCCCUACACCCUGCCCCAGGGCUUCACCUGGGACGCCUUGGACCUGGGGGACCGUGGUGUGCUGAAAGAACUAUACACCCUUCUGAAUGAGAAUUACGUGGAAGAUGAUGACAACAUGUUCCGAUUUGAUUAUUCCCCAGAAUUUCUUUUGUGGGCUCUCCGGCCGCCUGGCUGGCUCCCCCAGUGGCACUGUGGGGUUCGAGUGGUCUCAAGUCGGAAACUGGUUGGGUUCAUCAGCGCCAUCCCAGCAAAUAUACAUAUCUAUGACACAGAGAAGAAGAUGGUGGAGAUCAACUUCCUCUGUGUUCACAAGAAGCUUCGCUCCAAGAGGGUGGCUCCAGUCCUGAUCCGUGAGAUAACCCGGCGGGUUCACCUGGAGGGCAUCUUCCAAGCUGUUUACACUGCCGGGGUGGUAUUACCAAAGCCUGUUGGCACCUGCAGGUACUGGCAUCGAUCCCUAAACCCACGGAAGCUGAUUGAAGUGAAGUUCUCCCACCUGAGCAGAAAUAUGACCAUGCAACGCACCAUGAAGCUCUACCGACUGCCAGAGACUCCCAAAACAGCUGGGCUUCGACCAAUGGAAAAAAAGGACAUUCCAGUAGUGCACCAGCUCCUCACCCGGUACCUGAAGCAGUUUCACCUCACGCCAGUCAUGAGCCAGGAGGAGGUGGAACACUGGUUCUACCCCCAGGAGAAUAUCAUUGAUACUUUUGUGGUGGAGAAUGCAAACGGUGAGGUGACCGAUUUCCUGAGCUUUUAUACACUUCCCUCCACCAUCAUGAACCAUCCGACCCACAAGAGUCUAAAGGCUGCUUAUUCUUUUUACAACGUUCACACCCAGACCCCUCUUCUAGACCUCAUGAGCGACGCCCUUGUUCUCGCCAAAAUGAAAGGGUUUGACGUGUUCAAUGCACUGGAUCUCAUGGAGAACAAAACCUUCCUGGAGAAGCUCAAGUUCGGCAUAGGGGAUGGCAACUUACAGUAUUAUCUUUACAAUUGGAAGUGCCCCAGCAUGGGAGCGGAGAAGGUUGGGCUGGUGUUACAGUAACCAAUUGCCAGUGAGAUUCUGGAUAAAGCCACUGAGAAUUCAAAGCAGGAAAUGGAACCCCACUUGGUCCAAUUUUUACAAACGGGAGAAUCCCUGGCAAAGGAAACAGAACUGAACCGGCUUUACCAAACCGCCACUGAACUUGACAAUUGUAUUGCAAUGGUGUAGGCUGCGUGAUGUCACCUCUGGCCGUGUCUCUGGUCUCCCUGUUUUCCAAUUAAUCACAUCAUUAUGCAGCCGUGAUCAAGGGAAUGUAACUGCUGAAAACUAGCUCGUGAUUGGCAUAUUAUGGAGUUAACGGGUGAAUAAUAAAAGUAUAUAUAUAUAUAUAUUAUAUAUAUAUAUAAAUAUUUUAAAUAUC